CGUGUUGCAAACGGCUGGUCAUCCUUUUUUCCUAAUCCCAUCAUACAAAAUCUCAGUCACUUCAACUGCCUGGCCAAAACUUUUAUUGAGCGAAGGAGAAUCUUCAAGCUCAAGCCUAAAAAAAAGGAACUCGCAACGGCCAAGCUUGCCAAAGGAAACCCUCCUCCACGCACGUCCAACGCCCCAACGCGUCACUGCCCGCCUCGUCCUCGCAUCCAGCGUAGUGACACUUGCCAGCGCGCCCCUCGUUUCCUUCAACAAGAAGAUACGAGGACCAUCACUCUUGCAUUUGGGCUCCCGAAUUCCGCUUUCACUCAGCUAGGGCCGCCCGUCGAAUGGGCAACGAGCAGUCUACUGCGAAUGGCGCGCGCGGCGACGGCGUGCCUUUCGUGAGUUGGCAACGCAGCCCCAAGUCGCAGCCUGCCGGGGACAUCGACGCGCACCUGCACAGCGUAUCCUUGACGACCAGUAGCUAUCAUUUCGCAGAGCCCUCCAGCUACCGCUACGAUCGUGUGCCGCGCGUAUUAACGGGCAACGUCGUGUUUACAAACCCGCCCAAGGCCGACGGAGAGCUCAGGAACAAAGCGGAACUGCUGGGAAACAUCGCAAUAGUCGAACGCGGCGGCCGCGUCCAUUUCCCGGACAUUGUAAGGCGUCUACUGGCUGUUGGAGUCACAGGUAUCGUCUUCAUCGAGCGGACGGACAAUAAACACGCGAUCCAGUCGCUAUUUGACGGCUUCCACUCGUCUGGACGCCAGCGCGUGUCCAUCCCAAUCGUAUUGCUGUCCAAAUAUCAUGCAGACCGACUACUAUCAGAUAAGCCACAGCGAAUUUCAAUUGAGCUGCUCUGGAGAGAACAGGCAUGCAAGCACGUGGUGCCGGACGACGUGUACUUUGGAGUGCAGACUGCAGCUCGAGCUGGCGAUGUGGAGCUUCUAAGACAUUUGCUGGAGAUCGACACGACUGGAAAUGUGGUGGAUGUAAGUGGCAAAAGUGUUGGUAAUAGCUGCACACAAGGUGUAUUUAUUAUAAUACUUCUUGAUUGCAGAAUAUUCCCAAGGCGGUGGCGCUGUGUGACGCUGCGGAGAACGGACAUGUGGACUGCAUCGAGAUUUUGCACAGUCUGGGCGUCUCCAUGGACGAACAAAAGGUGGUUUCUUGUUUGUGUGCGCUUUGUAGAGUAAUUGCGCUGAUGCUGUGGCUUCGUUAUGCACAAAUGACAGCCGACAGGUGUAUCGUCGCUUAUGAUGGCCUGUUCUGUCGGUAAUGUGGAAGCAGCGAGAGCGUUGUUGAUGUUUGGCGCUAGUCUCGACUUGGAAGAUGUGCACGGUAUGACGGCGCUGAUGGUCGCUGCGCGUGAUGGCCGUGCGAACUGUGUGAGACUGCUGGUCAAGAAGGGGGCAAGAAUAAACUUGUCCAGAAAUCGAAGCCGGGGUACUACAGCACUUCAUAUUGCUGCUCGUGGUGGGCUGGAAGAGUGCUGCUCGAUUUUAUUGCAUGGGGGUGCGGAGCUUGAAACACAAAGUCCGAACUCAACAACUGCAUUAAUGGAAGCUGCACGUGCGGGAAAUCUUGGCUGUGUAAAGGUUCUUGUCGAGGCUGGAGCUAGUCUGAUUGCAAAGGAUCGCGAUGGUCACACCGCUGAACAUCUGGCACGUAUAGCUGGAUAUACCGAUAUUGAAGAUUAUUUACGUGAGCAAGCGGAGAGUGAAUCCGUCAAGAAUCAUCGUCGCAAAAUUGAGGAAACAGUUGCCAAGUCAAACUCAACGCUACGGGAUUUGUUGAAGAUUGCAAAAAGCAGUCAAAUGUCGGUUGACGUCUUGUACCGAGAGAUGAUACGUGAGCACAAGUCGAGCAUUUGGCUGGAGCAGCCUCGGAUUAUUUAUGAAGUGUUUCGCUUGCUCACGGUUCCUGUCACCUCUCCCGACUCGGACCCUGCGGAUGAUCCCAACUACGGCAAAUACACGGUCCAGCAUUUCUGCAGUGAGGUCGCACUGUGGUACUCGCCAAAGAUUUUCCAGAAGGGCUACAAGCCAGGUGGCGCUGGGUGGACAUUAAAUACUGGCGAUGCGUAUGAUGUCAAGAUUUCGUCCGGGUACCUGAAAGUGCUAUUCAACUUCGUGUGUACUGCGGAUCCGUUGGAUGACGUGCUGUUGGUGCUCUUCUGCAAGGUUGUCAAUCACUUGAUUGUGAACCAAAAUCUUGGAGAGCUUAUGUGGCGAUUCCUGGCUGAUGAAGGGCAGUUUAUCGUGCCUUGGCUAGUCGUUCAUAUUGGGCUUGAUUCAAUUCGCGACACUGUGGUGUGGCUGUUGUACUCGGACAUGUCGGAAGCUGGCCAACUCAACGUGCAGAAGAGUGGCAUAUUCGACUGUUUGUUUGCUCGCCUGUACUCAUGGCAGCGAACUCUUGGCUGGGGUGUUGGGACAUCGUUUCAGCGAGACUCCAUCGAGAACAUUUGCUCACUGAUCAACUACAUCAUCUAUCCGCCUUCGGUGUACAUCAUGAACAACGUGGCUACAUUCGUGGAGAACACAGACCACUCAUUGCCUUUGAUCACAGACCAGCACUUCCCGCUGCACCACAACGAGCUGUUCAAGUCGCUGUUGAUCUUUCUACUGAACACCACAGAUGUCUCGUUCGGAACGUUGCUCGAUUUGGGAUUCGCGGAGGUCUGUCGUCAUUGCUCUCAAGGAUCCAAGUCCCUUGUCGUUCGUGAAGGCGGUGCUCUUUCUAUCGUCAUGAUGUUGAUGAGCACGCUGGGAUACCACAAAAAGAAACGUGAUGUUACCAGCAUCGACGGACUAUUGAAGACGGUACAUGUAUCUGUUUUAACGGCUUUGAUUCCGCGAGUGGAGAAAUUUGUGAAGCUGUGUCGGGCGGUGGUUACGUCGGAUGUCAACGCGCUUCGUGUGAUGUCCACUUCAUACAAUCCUGGGAGUAUCAAGGCCGUGAACACUAAAGGGUCCGCUCUUCUGCACAUCAUCACAUUUUUGAAGCGGUGUGUGUUCUUGCAAAGUGGCGAUGUGGAUUACCUAUUGGCGAACUUUGGCUUGAUGCCCUGUUUGCUAGCGUGCUAUGGCUCGCAUCCUAGCAAUAGUAUGCUCCAUCACGAACUUACGGACGUCAUCCGAUUUGUUUUGAUGGACCCAGAUCAGAAGCGAUUGCCGUCGUCCCCGCUGCUGAAUAGUCUCUUCAUUGAAGGGGCGAAUAUUCUGGACUUUGUCAUCCGCGCAUACGAUGAGCAUGUCCAGUACAAGGGCCACAUGACGACGAUUGCAAACAGUAUUUUCACUCUUACCAACACCCCGAAUUGCAGGAGUGGGUCGAUUGCAAUUACCUGUCAAGAUGUCGUGCGGCAGUAUACGUCGCAGCACGAAAAAUGGGUGAAAUUUGAGCAAGUCCUGGCGGAGCAGAACCGUGUUGAGAUGUUGCCUCUUGGUCAGCGUAAUGCGCCGCUGUGUCACGGGUGUUUGAAGCUGAAACAAAGCGCAGUCGAAUAUGUGGCGGCAACGCUCACGAAUGCUGAGGUAGACGAAUACACAGGCUACUUGGAGACUAUUUUCUCCGGCGCUGCGAGUCAUUACUGCAAGGUCACGUACACGGACGAGUUCAUCACGGGCUUCAUGUACAAAAAGGACAAGAUCCACGACCAUAUUCCUAUUCCAGAGCCCACUCGAGUGAGCUCUUUCAUUCAGUUCCCAGUGCCCAUGCCAUUCCACGCGCUCACGUUCACCAUCACAUUCUUCGGACUUUGUCAAGUGUGCGAUAAGCUCUGGUACUGUGACACGCUUCAAAGUGCAAACUGGAUGAAUCGUAUGAAGUGGGUCAUUCCUACGUCGGUCCGCAAAUGGUACAGUUUCGGUGUGACUGAGGGUCCAGGUAGCGGUGCGCACGGCCUACAGUUCUCAUCGAAGGGCUACAAGAACUUUAUUGUGCUCACUGAUACUUGGGGCCGUCAGGAGCAGUGGAUGCAUGCGAUCGAAGAUGCUAUCCAGAGUCUGGCCACGCAGAUGGCAAGAGGAAACACCGAGAGUGCGAUGGCUAUUGAGAUUGAUAACGAAGUCGACGCCGAGGAGUUUGACGUGAUGCGUAUGAGAGAAAUCACGGCUGGUUCAGGUGGCGGCGGCCCAGUAGGCGUGACCAGCCAUGUGGGAAGUGCGCCAAAGAGUGACUCAAGUACUCGAAGCUUGCGUGUGUCGGACGAAGAAGAAAGCGGACGUCGUCGAAGCAACACAAUGUCAUCGAUUGAAAGUGAAUCGGCCGAGUUUAGAGACGAAGAUGACCAAAGCAGUGGCACGUCGUCUCCAUCGCAUGAACUGACGAUGCCCUCGGUGCGAUCGCGAUCUUCAUUUGAGCUGAAGUGCAGUGAAAAUGGAUCAACGUCAAGUUCUCGAAAAGUAAAGUCUUCGGGCGAUCGGAGGAACCUGGACUUGAAGCGCUUCCAGCCAGAUACACAGAAAUUCUCCGAGAUCCUCGGGAAACUCAAGAUCGGCUCACCACCUCGUGUAAACAAAGCCCGUGCACCUGCAAUGAGUGCAUCAGGCAGCUUUGCUCCUUUCGCUCAACGGAAUACUGUGAGUCCUCAUGGUGCAAUGAGCACUCGUACAGCUACCGAGCUCGUGGGGAUGCGUCACGUAGUCUCAACUCCAGACCUCACGCGACUGCAGGGCUAGUAACCAGUACCAAGCUACAAUAUCUCCUUCUUAUCUAUCUUUUGCAGAAGCUCAUCAAUAUCAGCCGAAGGCUUGAAGAAAGAACGUUUGAAAAAAAACAGAGAACAGUGUGGUUAUGUUCUAUGAAGAUACAAAAUAGCUAGACUAGCCGAGCACCUAGCAAAUGGUUCAGCUUAAUCAUCGCGGUUUUUCUUCUUCUUCGAAACGCGCUUGACCUUGACGACCUGCGCCGGAGCCACGUCGUGUGCGAAAAGCUUCGAUACCUCGAGACC